GUCUAUGCAGAUUACUUUUAAGUCAUCGUAUUUGGGUAGGACUUCCCUGUAGUCAAUAUUAUCAAUGCGAUAUUGAAUACCUUUUAAGUAUGCAUGUUUCUUCAUCGCAUGUUUCCCAAAGUAAAGCGGUAAAACCAUCCAUCGUAAAUAGAUAAGCUAUUGUGGUAUAUAAUAAAAGUUCGGAUAAAUAUGUAUCAGUCAGUUAUUAUUCACAUUUCCGAUGUCAGUUUUAAAGAUUAAGGUAAUUUUUACCUUAGUCUGCAUUGCAGUAUGUGUGAGGUUAUCACAUGCCAAAACAACUAUAUUUUAGAGCGAGUGGUAUGUUACCAUGCCAGUUGGUCCGUGGGACGGCUGGGAGAUGGGAAAUUCGGAGUGGAAAAUAUAGAUCCAAACCUUUGUACUCAUAUAAUAUACUCAUUUGUUGGUCUGAAUGCUGAUGGUACUAUCAAGAUCGUGGACAAGAAGUUAGACGUCGAUAACAAUAAUUUCAAAAAAUUCACCGCCUUGAAACAGAAAAAUCCUAAGCUGAUCACGAUAGUAGCCAUAGGAGGAUGGGAAGAAUCGGGUCAAUUCUCCCAUGUGGUGUCAGAUCCCAAGCUCAGGGCAACUUUAGUAACGAGCGCCGUGAAGUUUAUGCAGACUUACGGCUUCAAUGGAUUUGAUUUAGAUUGGGAGUUUCCUGGCCAAAGGGGAGGUGCGAAAACAGAUAAGCAAAAUUUCUCCAAGUUAAUCAAAGAAUUACGGGCAGCCUUCGACAAACACGGAUUUCUGCUUUCUGCUGCUGUCAAUGGUGUAGGUUGGUCAGUGGAUGUAUCCUUUGAAGUUCCUGUACUGAACAAAUAUUUGGAUAUGAUCAACGUGAUGAGUUAUGAUUACCAUGGUCCGUGGGAUGUGAAUAAAGUUACUGGUCACCAUGCUGGUUUGUAUCCCUCUGCUAUAGAUGUUGCUCAUGGAGAAACACAGCUUAAUGUGGACGCGUCAAUUCGUGGUUGGAUACAAAGGGGAGCAGAUCCACAGAAGCUUAACCUAGGCGUGCCUUUUUACGGCAGAAGCUUUACACUAAGUAACCCUUCUAACGCAGCCUUAGGGGCUCCGAUUAGCGGUCCUGGAAAGCCAGGUCCUUACAGCAAGGAUAGCGGAAGCCUGGGUUACGAUGAAAUUGUUAAGCUGCAAAAGCAAGGUGGGUGGACAUACGUGUGGGAUGACAAACAGAAGGUCCCACACGCAUAUAAAGGAGACCAAUGGGUCGGUUAUGAUGAUCCUCGUUCGCUAGAAGGAAAGGUAAAAUAUGCGAAAACGAAGAACCUCGGUGGUAUCAUGAUUUGGAACAUUGCUACUGACGAUUUCCAUGGAGUGUCUGGGCGGAAGUUUCCUUUGUUGACAGCCAUUAAUAAAGCUAUUAUGUAAUUUGUAAAAAAUAUUUACCUGUGUAUGUAUUACUUAUUUGUGAUAAACUAUUAAGAAGAAAAUAAUCACCUGUUUACUAUUUUUACAUCUCGUGUUAUACAAAAUGCUACCUCAUCUUAUAGGCAAGGGAAAAUUAUGAACGAAUUUCAAAUUGGCGUCAUGACAUUACUGGAGCUUUUGCUGCCAUUUUGAAAAACGCGAUUGAUCGAAUACCUCAAAAACCAUCAAUGCUAUGUAAAGUAAUAGAAACAAUUUUGCAGGGAAUUAAAUUGUUUAUCAGUUUGCUGCUAUGAAAAUUUGUCGUAUAGUCAACCAGUUGUAAGAGAUUUAUAGUUACAGAUACAUACAUCUAAUGAUAUUUUCGCUUAUAGUGGCUAAAGUAACAACCUGAGCG